AUGGCCGGCGCGCGGAUUGGCUGUUCGGGGAUCAGGGGCCGGGCCCGCGGGGCAGAGUCCGCCCCCGAACCUUCAAAUAGGAAGCCCCCGAUAGGCUCCCGCAGAUCCGAGGCUCUGCUGCAGAUUGCUGGGGCCGGGGACAGGAGGCGGUGAGCCGAGCGCCGGGGCGCAGAGGCACCAGGGCCCGUUCAGGGCGCCAAGCCGCUCCACCGAGGCACCGCCGCGCCCCGCCCGGAGGCUCGGGGCCGUCGGGCGCCCGUCUCGCCUCCAGCCAUGGGGUCGGCGGCGCUGGAGAUCCUCGGCCUGGUGCUGUGCCUGGUGGGCUGGGUGGGCCUGAUCCUGGCGUGCGGGUUGCCCAUGUGGCAGGUGACUGCCUUCCUGGACCACAACAUCGUGACGGCGCAGACCACCUGGAAGGGGCUGUGGAUGUCGUGCGUGGUGCAGAGCACCGGGCACAUGCAGUGCAAGGUGUACGACUCGGUGCUGGCGCUGAGCACCGAGGUGCAGGCGGCGCGGGCGCUCACCGUGGGCGCAGUGCUGCUGGCGCUCGUCGCGCUCUUCGUGACCCUGGCGGGCGCUCAGUGCACCACCUGCGUGGCCCCCGGCCCGGCCAAGGCGCGGGUGGCCCUCACGGGCGGCGCGCUCUACGCACUCUGCGGGCUGCUGGCGCUCGUACCGCUCUGCUGGUUCGCCAACAUCGUGGUCCGCGAGUUCUACGACCCGACGGUGCCCAUGUCGCAGAAGUAUGAGCUGGGCGCGGCGCUGUACAUCGGCUGGGCGGCUUCCGCGCUGCUCAUGUGCGGCGGCGGCCUCGUGUGCUGCGGCGCCUGGGUCUGCGCUGGCCGCCCCGACUUCAGCUUCCCAGUCAAGUACUCCGCGUCGCGGCGGCCCACGGCCACCGGCGACUAUGACAAGAAGAACUACGUCUGAGGGCACCAGACUCGGCGGGGCCCCUCGCGCUAGCCACUCCCACGAGCCGGACGGCUGGCUAGGGAAGCCCCGCAUGCACGGAGGAACGGCCGGCUCUGUGCCUGGACGUGGCGCACCGACUGACUUGAGACCCUGCUCGCGCCCGCAGCCCGUUCUCUCCAAUAGCCACUAGCCGGGCCCUGGGCCGCGCCCUGCCCUGAACAGGAGCCACGCACUUGGGAGAACUUGCUGGGUUUCUUUUUCUGUGCACAGAGCUUGCUCCGAUGUGGGUGGGGCGCGUGUCCCUUUGGCUGAGUGGACAAUGGACUGAAACGCCAAUUCCCUCCUGGACCCUCAGGGUCUUGGAUGCCGUCAUCCUCCCCAGCGGCACCAGCUGAUUCCAGCGGGGCAGACCGAGAGCCCAGGGGCCCCAACCUGGGCUGCCAGAGGGAUGUAUACAGCUGGCCUUUACCGCAUCAGUGGGGCCUGAGCCCAGGGGGACUAAAAGACUUGGCCUGGACCUCCCUGCCUCACCCCAGCA